GCGGAAAAAAUGUAAGACUGGUAACUAAUUCUAAUUUUGAAAAUCGCGCUUUUUCUCUUGCUUCUGGUACUUUGUAGGAUGUGUAAGAAUAUAUAGGUAUAUACGAGUGUGAAAGAGGAGAUUCUGUGGAUUAUUUUGAUCCCAAUUAUUGCCAUGGUUACUUUAUUAUUAUUCUAGUUUGCUUGGUCUUCUUCCGGGCAUUCGCGCUAGUUACGAAGUUUCAAAGGAAGUCGCUAAAAUACACAAAUUUCGGCUAGUUAUAUCUUUUUUGUUUAUGCUCUGAUUGUUUUCGUUAUUGUGUGAUUUGAAAGAUAAAGUGUCCAUUUACAAUCGUAUGUUUUUUGUUUUUUGAUAAUUGUGCAAUGAAAUUGUAAAAAUGCCGUGGAAAAGAGCAACACAAUACAAGCGCUUCAUUGUCGGGAGCGUAUGCGACAGCAAAGGUUAAGCUCUAUAGCCAUAGAUAACAAGACGAAGCAGGGUAGAGCAACGGCUAAGAAGUUAAAAAGAUUGGAUAAAAGGGUAAGAUGAGCCUUUUAAUUGUUUUGGUAGUUUAUUUAGUACAAAAUUUUAACAAAUCGAUGCCUCUAGGUAUAGUCAAAUCAUAGUAUUUAUGCAUAUUUUUUCAACAUGAUCGAUCGGCUCAGCUGCUAGGUUAAUGUUUACUUAACCACUUGGACAGUGAGUCAAAGAUCCCUUCGUUGAAUGUAUUUAUUUAUGUUUAUUGUUUACUGCAUGAAUAAUCUUUCAAAAGCAUUUUUGAUAUUAAUACCCAACAUUUUCACCUUGACAAGUAAAGACAGUAAAUUUGUCUGACAAUUCAAUAUUUGAUUGUUUCACCUAAUGAACCAUUCAUUUUAUAUACACACACCCCUAUGGAUGAGGUUUUCUGAGGGGUCGCCUGAAUUUUAACGAAAUUUGUCAGGGUAACCUGUAAAUACACCCUUUCGAUGAUUACGUAACACAUACUUUUUGCUCUUGGAGCCCCAGAUCAUGAUUCAUGAGUGCAAGGCACCCAGGCCAAAUGACAUAAUUACUGAAAGGGUGUAUUAUUAAAAUUUUGGAUAAAAUUCAUCCGAAGGGUUGUCUAAAAUAGGAAAUAAUUCUGAGCAGCAUGGUAUUGGAGAUGAGGUUUUCCGAGGGAUUGCCUCAAUUUUAACAAAAUUCUUCAGGGUAACCUGUAAAUACACCCUUUCGAUUAUUACGUCACACAUACUUUUUGCUCUUGGAGCCCCAGAUCAUGAUUCAUGAGUGCAAGGCGCCCAGGCCAAAUGACGUAAUUAUUGAAAGGAUGUAUUAUCAAAUUUUUUAUAAAUAUUUAUCCGAAGGGUUGUUUAAAAUAGGAAAUAAUUCUGAACAGCAUGCUAUUGGGGAUGAGGUUUUCUGAGGGAUUGCCUGAAUUUUAACCAAAUUCUUCAGGGUAACCUGUAAAUACACCCUUUCGAUUACUACGUCACACAUACUUUUUGCUCUUGGAGUCCCAGCUCACAAUUCAUGAGUGCAAGGCUCCCAGGUCAAAUGAUGUAAUUAUUGAAAGGAUGUAUUAUCAAAUUUUUUGAUAAAAAUUUAUCCGAAGGGUUGUCUAAAAUAGGAAAUAAUUCUGAACAGCAUGCUAUUGGGGAUGAGGUUUUCUGAGGGAUUGCCUGAAUUUUAACCAAAUUCUUAAGGGUAACCUGUAAAUACACCCUUUCGAUAUUUACGUCACACAUACUUUUUGCUCUUGGAGCCUUGGAUCUCGAUUUAUGAGUGCAAGGCUCCCAGGCCAAAUGACGUAAUUAUUGAAAGGGUGUAUUAUUAAAAUUUUGGAUAAAAAUUUAUCUGAAGGGUUGUCUAAUAUAGGAAAUAAUUCUAAACAGCAUGCUAUUGAGAUGAGGUUUUCUGAGGGAUCCCUGAAUUGUUAGGGUUCGUGCACCAGGACAACAAAUUUAUGGUGAUUUGUGCACCUGACAGGGAGAUGGAGUGAUGGGGUUGGGCAUUGGGUUUAUAAUUAUUGUAGAAUAUGUAUAAUUUUGUUUAUAAUUAUUGCAUGUUUUUGCAGGAAUAUACCCGGGAAUUCAAGAAUGAUUUGGCUGUUAAGAUAUCAAACUACAAUCAUCAAAUAAUGCAAUGUCAGCAUUUUAUUGUUCUCAGUGUGAAAAUAUUAAUAGAAAUAAAAUAUACACAUGCUAGUAUCCUGAUAGAUAGAACAUUGUAUUAUUAUAAGGUGUCACAUACACUGGUACUGAUGCUACUUUGAGUGUGUUCACACCAGGUAAGCAGAAGAGUUUGCUUGACAGCGUUGGGAAUCGAACCCGCGAUCUUCGGUUUGCUAGUCCAAUGCUUUACCAACUGGGCCAUACAUGCAUGGGGUCAAGUCGGUAAGAAAACCAAAAGUCGUGGGUUCGAUUCCCACUGCGAUCAAGCAAGAGGAGCAUCAUAAACAAACAGUGGUCUACAUAUUUAUCUAUAUCCCACUAACAAUGAAUAAAAUCAUUGAAAAAAGAAACUGUGUCCAAUGUGUGUAAUAAAGGUCUAGUUUUUAGAAAUGAAUAGAUUCAAACAUAUUCCCAGCCAUGUUGUUGUCAUGACAUUCAGUGUCUUAGCACUGUUGCAACAUGUGACAUGAUUAUGGCUGUCAGCAGGUGGUAUGCUAUAAAUCAUUUCUGGCAAAUGUUUUUGUCAUGAGAAAUGAAACCAAUAUUGCAGGUGAGAAAAAGAAACAUUUCCUAGUUCAUUCAAUAUUGUAGAAUGCUGUUUUAUAGUGAAAUAAAUCAAGAUAUUCCUUGAAAAUUUGUCUUCCUUGGAAUACACUCUUUUGAUAUUUAUGUCACAACUCCUUCCCUGUCCAGGAAACCUUUUGU